CAGCAUCCCAGCGACUGACACCGACUCCGUCCCCGCUCAGCCUCUGUAACCACACAGCGCGGGAAAGUAUCGCGCGGCCGCACUUAGCAAACUCGGAGAAGCUUCGGUUCUCCUCUCUCUCACUCACUCUCUCGUUCUACUCUCCAAGUGAUUGAUUUUUUGGUUAUAUAGAAGAAAGGAACAAAAGCAGCUACAAAACUGGUAUUUUUGACAUAUCUGGUUUGAACUUCGUAGCUUGUAUCAGAGGAGACUUGAGCGUCAUGUGACUCGCGGAGGGGGUGGAUGGAGGAGAGGCGUCUGAUCUCUCCUCAAUAGAGCGUGUAUCAGUAGAGUACACCACACACUAACACACACAACACGAGCAGGAGGAUGUUACACUUUACGCUGUCGCUCCAAGUAAAUCUUUACUCCAUACGCUGAACUGUAUAGAUGGAUAUUACGGUGGAGCGUGGUUACAAAGUGACACACUUUCAUCAAAACUUCAAGAGAAUUUUUUAAACAAUUUUCAUUUUCAAAGAGGAUACACUGGAUUAUACUAUACACUAAACCAAGGCAGGAUGACGCGGCCAGCGUGUGUUGUCGUUGCGCUGUUGUCCCUGUUGGUGACGUCAUGCUGGUGUGUCGAGUACACGUGCCCCGAAGAAUGCACGUGCUCCCACCGUGACAGCCCGGACCUUCUUGUCGAUGUCUUUUGUUCCUUAUCAACCGUCCAUGACAACAGUAACUUCGCCCUAUUUCGAACGUCAGUUAACAGUACUUUGCACUUGGAGUGCGACCCUCAACUACAUUCCCAUCUGAGAAGUCGGAUGUUCCAGGACCUCCACACAUUUUCAGCACUCACAUUUGAAAAUUGCAAAUUUGAUCAUAUUCCGAAAGAUCUGUUUGUGGGUAUGUCAUUGUUAAAAAUCCUUACCGUGAUAAAUGCUAGAAAGUUGACCUUUGACCCGAAGGCGUUUUCGAGCGCUUCAUCUUUAACACGCUUGACAGUUGUGGCUUCCGAAGUGUCAGUAGUGCCAAGUCUGUGCGAGAAUAAGGAUCUUGUUUACGUCAACUUCACAAAUAACAAAAUUCGGUCUAUGGCCGAUGCCGGUCUUGCCUGUGAAAAUAGCACACUUCUGAGUCUUUCCAGAAUCGUCCUACCGUUUAAUGAGUUCGAAUACCUCGGAAAUGAACUUUCGUCUACCGCCCCAAAUUUGUGGGAGCUAGGGAUAAGUAACAACCGUAUUAUGACGAUACAUCGAGACGCCUUUUGGUCUCUCAACGACCUUGGUUGGUUAGAUCUGUCUUCCAAUCGCCUUCGAAGACUUCCGCCCUAUCUUCUUCGUAAACAAGAAAAUCUACAGAUAAUCGCAUUGAAUGGAAACAAUUUAGGCCGAGUUCCAGAAGGUUUCUUCGGUUAUUCAACAAAACUCCGUGUGGUGACUCUAGGAGACUGCAACAUGGACGACCGGAUAUGGACAGAGUUGUGGCCCCUGCGAGAAAUGACAGAAUUACAACUCCAGAACAACAACAUCAGCAAGCUUGACAGGGAAUCGCUGUUAAGAUUCGAAAAACUGUUUUAUCUGGAUCUGUCUGGAAACCGGAUACGAUAUCUAAGUGAACGUUUCUUCGAAAAACAGUUACAAUUGGAAAAAUUAAAACUUGGGAAAAACAAAAUUGAAAAUAUUGACAGGCAUGCAUUUGAAGGUUUGACUUCGCUGUUGGAGUUAGACCUUCGAAACAACAACAUAAGCCAAGCUGAUAAUGAAUCUCUGCUUCCGCUUCAGUCAGUCUCCCAAUUAAACAUCUCUUUCAACUUCCUGUCAGAGAUACCGUGUCUAAAAACUAUGGAACACGUCAAUCUUAUCGACUUCCGGUUUAACCGAAUCGAUACUUUGGAUUUAAAUACGUUUGAAGGUCUUCCUACUCUGAAGGGUAUAAGCCUCGCUUUCAAUAACAUACGCGUUGUACCACGUGGCGUGUUCAACAAACCGCCGUCUCUUCAGAUUUUGAAUUUGGCAUAUAACGACAUUGAUGUGAUCGAAGACGAAGCUUUUCAUGGCGCUAGUGAGCUGAGAUGGAUGUUCCUUCAACACAACAACGUCAGUGACGUCACAUGGGCGUUCAGUUCCCUCUACUCACUCCUCCAUCUUGAUCUGAGUUACAAUGCAAUAGCCAACUCGGUUAACGGGGAACAGUUUCCGAAAUCUCUCCAGGAAAUCAAUUUGGCGAACAAUAAGAUCACGAGCGUUGCAGAUUAUGCUUUUUAUAAUUUCAAAAAUUUAAGAAAAGUUGACAUUCGUUAUAAUCUUGUACAGACUUUAAAAUUGUUAUCGAUUUCCGUGUCACCUGCCUUGCAAGGUACCCCACCAACUUUUUACAUCGCUGGUAAUCCGUUUGUCUGCGAUUGCAAGUUACAGUGGUUGAGAAAGAAAAUGGAAGAGAGUAGACCGUCUUAUGGUCAGCCGAUUAUUUACGAUAUGGAUGUAAUACUGUGUCACCGGGGAUUCGAAGCUCAAAACAAGCUCCUUUAUAAACUUGAGCCAUCAAACAUGCUUUGCAAUUACUAUGAGGAAUGCCUCAUGUCAAAAUGUCGGUGUUGUGAGUUUCAGGGAUGUGUCUGCAGAUUCGUCUGUCCACACCGAUGCACGUGCUUCCGUAGUCUUGACCACAGUACGACAAACUUUGUUAAAUGUUCGCGUGAAAAUCUUACUAGUAUUCCCUCCCAUAUCCCAAGCGUAUCCACUCAAUUCUGGCUGGACGGAAAUAACUUCUCGAGUCUCACGAGAUUUGGAUUUCUUGGACUAGAGUUUCUGAGGAUACUCUAUCUAAAUAACAGUGACAUUGAAUCUAUACAAAAUGGGAGCUUCGUGGGACUAAAAUCAAUUGAAGUGUUAAAUCUAGACGGAAACUAUCUGGAAGAUGUGCUGUAUGGAAUGUUUUAUGGACUAGAAAACCUUGUCGAGCUAAACUUGGAAAACAACAGAAUUUCUUUCAUUGAUUAUUCUGUGUUUGAACACACUCCAAAUAUCCAGAGACUCUACCUAGCGAAUAACCAGCUAAAAUUUAUAGUUGAUGCAACGCUUUCUAACCCCAUGUGGCAUCGACUGUCUUUGGCGGGAAAUCCGUGGUCAUGUGACUGUAACUUCCUGUCAAUGAUGCUCUAUAAUACGAACACGAUUGUAGAGAAAAUUGUCGACCGGAGGGAUUUGGAAUGUGUAGCAGACGACACCGAUGUUGACAACAUAUACGCUUUCAACAGCAGGCCCAAUAGAGCUGUAAAUUUUGAGGAUGUAGAUAUGGAAGCGAUGUGCCCAAAUGUGACAUUAGUGUUUAGAAAUUUGUCACGUGAAAGCUUAACUCGUGUCCUUGACCGCACAGACAACCUCCCGCUAAUUUGUGCUAUCGUUGCAAUUGUCGUUGUCGUCGUUGUUCUUGGGCUGGUGUUUUGGCACAAGAAUAUUAUCCAGGUACUCUGUUUUGCAAAAUUUGGAUGUCGAAUGUCACACGAGAAGUCGGACGUGAACCAAAUAUAUGACGCUUUUAUAUCCUACAGUCAUAAAGAUGAGGAUUUCGUGAUUCGGGAACUUGUUCCGAGACUUGAAGAUGUGGACCAUCGGUUCAAACUAUGUGUUCAUUAUCGGGAUUUCCCUAUCGGAGCUUCAAUAUCGGAGACUAUCGUUCGUAGCGUGGAAUGUAGUCGUAGAACCAUACUUAUCAUGUCCGAUAACUUCCUGAAGAGCGAGUGGUGCCAGUAUGAAUUCCAAACGGCUCAUAGCCACGUAUUACAAGACAGGACAAAUCGUCUUAUUAUUAUACUGCUGAGUGACGUUAAUGUAAACGAAAUGAGCUCCGAUCUCAAACUAUACCUGCAGACACGGACUUAUGUAAAAUAUAGCGAUCCCUGGUUUUGGGAGAAACUGUAUUACGCUAUGCCAGACAUUAAACACCGGGUUACUCCGAUAGAUAGAAUUCUUGACAUCAGACCGGAAGUAGGUGUUGGAAACACUUCUUCCGGUCUCCCAGACGACGAAGGAUACGAAACCCCGAUAUCACGUGUGUCUAGUGUCCAUCGGCACACGUGUGACUUCGGUCACAUGACCGAAGCCGUUGCAAACUUUAAUAUUUAUGAAGAAAUCCAUCCUGUUGAAAAAUCGGAGAAGCAAAUGGCUUAAAUACACGUGUAUUAAAAUGAGUUACCAUUGUAUAUGAAAUUAAUGAAAUGAGCAUGGUCGAAAAUGAAAAUGAAAACUUCAGAAAGAAGUUCGUCAAUCUCAUAUAAAAUGGAA